CAAUCUACAUCUGCAAUGGUAAAGCUACGGACGAGAUGUCUGCUCCUGGGAGAUGCGGCGGUGGGGAAAAGUUCUCUGUGCCACAUGUUCCACAGUGAAGGAGUUCAGUUCCAGAGGAGCUACACUAUGACGGCUGGAGUGGAGCUGGUCACUAAAUGUGCCACUAUCCCCGACAGUGAACACAGUGUGGAGCUGUACCUGGUGGACUGUCCCGGGAAGGAGCUGCUGGCAGAGGCCUGUGAGAAGAUGUGGGGGGAGGCGUGGCUGCUGUGCCUGGUGUUUGACCUGAGCAGUGAUCAGUCCUUCCUCAGCUGUGAUCGCUGGCUCCAGAGGGUCCAAGCCCACAGUUUGGGAAACACUGUUUCAGGCGUUCUGCUGGGGAAUAAGUGUGACCUGCUGGAGCGGAGGGCAGUGCAGACAGAGGAGGCUCAGGGCUGGGCUCAGGCUCACGGCCUGGACUACUAUGAGACUUCUGCUAAGGAGCUCGACACCUGUUCCGCCCCUCUGCUCCGAUUGGCCCAGACCUGCCUGUCCCUGUACGAGCAGAGCUGUGAGAGGAUGCACAGCCUGGCCAGCUAGACAACUAACUCUCUGCUCUCUCUGUUCUCUCUGCUCUCUCUGCUCCUCUCUGCUCCUCUCUGCUCUCUCUGCUCUCUCUGCUCCUCUCUGCUCCUCUCUGCUCCUCUCUGCUCCUCUCUGCUCCUCUCUGCUCCUCUCUGCUC